AUUUUCGCUCUGCCAUAGAAUCCUGCAAGGACUUUCAGACCCGGUGAACAACCUAGCACGGCCCCAAAAUGAGGAACCAUAUGGCAGCAGGGUGGUUCUACUCACCCAAGCAAGUAGGAAGGUAUCUUCUAAGCCGGCCUGCAAGCCUUAAGCCUCCCCGCGCCAAGCUUCGCAACCCGAUCCAUAUCCUCGCCGAACUCGACAAGCAUCAGUGGCUGAUGUUCUCCGCGGGGUUCCUCGCCUGGUGCUGGGACUCCUUCGACUUCUUCACCGUGACUCUGACCCUGACUGAGGUAGCGGCAGACUUUGGCGUCUCGAACGCUGACGUGUCGUGGGGUAUCACGGUCACUCUGAUGCUGCGUUCCGUUGGCGCUUUGAUCUUCGGUGUCAUGUCCGAUAGAUACGGCCGCAAGUGGCCUAUGAUCAUCUGCCUCAUGCUCUUCAUCAUUGUGGAGCUGGCCUCCGGUUUCGCGCAGAACCUGACGCAGUUCCUCGCUCUGAGAUCACUCUUUGGCAUUGCCAUGGGCGGUCUCUUCGGCCCCGCUGCCGCAACCGCCUUGGAGGACCUGCCUUAUGAUGCAAGAGGACUUCUCUCCGGCCUUUUUGAGCAAGCCUAUGCGAUGGGUUACCUGCUUGCAGCAAUAUUUUACCGUGCGCUCGUCCCCACGACAGCCCAUGGGUGGAGGUCGCUCUUCUAUUUUGGAGCUGUUCCUCCUGUCUUCAUCAUCAUGUUUCGUUUCUACCUUCCUGAGACCAAUGCCUUUCUUAUCAUGAAGGCGCAAAGAGAGACUGCCAUUGCUGCCCGUGAAGAGCACCGCCACAUGACGACGCAGGGCCUUAGGGCUUGGGCGAGGGAAACCCUUGACGCCGUUCGAUCCAAUUGGGUCCUCUUCAUCUACAUGAUUCUGCUCAUGACCGGCUUCAACACUGUAGGCCAUGGGUCUCUGGACUUCUACCCCACAUUCUUGAAGAAUCAGGUGGGACUCCACGCAACAGAGGUGACAGUGAUCAGCGUAGUAAGCCAGCUAGGCGCUCUCACUGGCGGCACCACCCUUGGCUACCUCAGCACCUUCUGCGGCCGCCGGCUGACCAUGCUGACGGGGUGCGUCCUCGGCGCCGCCAUCACCCCGGCCUACGUCCUCCCGCACACCAUCAAGCUGGCAGCAAGUGCCUUCUUCAUGCAGUUCUUCGCCGGCGGAAUCUGGGGCCCGGUACCUAUCUACCUCAGCGAGCUGUCGCCUGACUCCAUCCGCGCAACCGCCGUCGGCCUCACAUACCAGUUGGGGAACCUGGCCUCGGCCGCGUCGGCUACCAUACAGGCUAUCAUCGGCGAGCGGUUCCCGCUAGAGCCCAAGAAUGGGGUCAAGAGGUUUGACUACGGCAAGGUCAUUGGGAUUUUCAUGGGGAUUGUUUGGGUGAUCGACCUAGUUUUGCUAUUCCUUGGCCCGGAGAUGAGCGAGCAGGAGAGGCAGGAGUAUGCUGCUUCUGCGAAUGAAUCUGAAAGGUUGAGGAAGUCGGGUGUGAGCCUGGCUGAUAUUGGCGCAGAAAAGGCCAAGGCUGUGGUACUGCAGGAGAAGAGCAGGCCUGGGGAAGAAGAGCGCGAAAGCGAGAAGGCGGUGGAUACUCAGCAUGCGGAAAGCGAGCGCGAGGUCGUCUGA